AUGUUUAAACUUCUCGUUGUUUUAUCAUUCAUUGCUGUCAUUCAAGGUCAACUUGAUGGUGGUUUUCCAAGUCUCGGUGGUUAUUCAGAUCAUCCUGAACUUAUUGAAGACGUAUCUACACGUGCUUUGGUUCGAUUAGCAGUUAGCGAUUUAAAAACUAACCAAAAUCUCAUUGUAAUACCAGUUAAAAUUCUUAGUGUUCAAACUCAAUCUAUGUAUGGAGUAACCUUUAAGAUUGGUUUCACGGCUCGCUCAACUUCAGCUCCUAAUGGUCUUACAUGCACCGCUCUGGUUCAUAGCGGUCUCGGAGAUGUUGAAACAGUCCUCUCAGUUGAUUGUGCUUAA